GAUACUGCAGGGGCCCCGAACUGCCUUGGCAAUGGCAUAUACGUAAAUCACAACAUUGCGUGUCGUAGCCAGUGAAAACUAUCCACCUGGCUUGGACUUGCCCACUCUCCUUCUCCUUCUCCUUGGAUCGCGUUCGAUUGCCAGAGACGAAACAAAGCUACCAAGCAACACAAAUUCUGUGCAUUAGUCGCCAUGAGUAGACCAAACUCUUUUCUUUUGGUGGCAAUAACCUUGGGGUUUCUGUUCUCUUUGUCUCAAUCGCUCCGCUUCGAGUUGCAGUCGGGCCACGUGAAAUGCGUAACGGAGGACAUCAAGAGCAACUCCAUGACCGUCGGCAACUACCACGUCGUUAAUCCGAUCGAGGGCCAACCCCUGCCUGAGAACCACAAAGUCACCGUCAAGGUGACUUCGGCUUACGGGAACAACUAUCACUACGCAGAGCUCGUGGAGUCGGGGCAGUUUGCUUUUACGGCGGCGGAGGCAGGGGACUAUAUGGCCUGCUUUUGGACGGCUGAUCACAAGCCCCAAGAGACUGUGACGAUUGAAUUUGAUUGGCGAACCGGUGUGGCCGCCAAGGACUGGUCUAAAGUUGCCAAGAAAGGCCAAAUCGAUGUGAUGGAGUUGGAGCUUAAGAAAUUGUACGACGCUGUAAAUUCCAUCCAUGAGGAAAUGUUCUAUCUUCGGGAAAGGGAAGACGAAAUGCAGGAAUUGAACCGAUCUACAAACUCAAAGAUGGCCACGUUGAGUAUUCUUUCACUUGUCGUUUGCUUAUCAGUGGCAGGCUUGCAACUAUGGCACUUGAAGACUUUCUUUGAGAAGAAGAAGAUCAUUUAAUUUGAUUUGGAUUAGUUAAAAGCAAUUUCCUCUGUACUUUGAAAAAUAUCGUACUAAUGUAUUUGUAAAAUAAUAAUUUUGAUAUCAGAUUGUUUGAUGGAUAUUUUUAUGAUUCAAAUCGACAUUUGCAGGAGUUGUGUUA